UCAUGAGGAAUUUGAGGUGUGAAAGAGCAUUAACAUAUCUUUUGUUUCCAAAAGUGGGAAAGGUCUGAGGUGUGAAUUGGUCAUUACAAUGUGUGAUGAGCUUGGUAGGAACAUCCUGUGUUCAGUGUUUUGUCCAUCUGAGCACCUUGAAAACUCUUUGCAUGCAUUUUUCAUGAUGAAAAAAGGCUCUGGACAGAAAAAAUUUAAAAAAAAAAUUUGCAAACACUUCUAAAUACGCGUUUACAAGCGUUUUGUUUUUCAAAAAAACGACUGAUAAAAUCGACUGUAAACUGAAUGCAAGUUU